AUGAACAAGAUCCGAAAGUUUUUCCGAGGAAGUGGGCGAGUCCUGGCAUUUAUAUUUGUAGCUUCUGUCAUCUGGCUGCUCUUUGACAUGGCAGCUCUCCGCCUUUCAUUCAGCGAGAUCAACACUCGUGUCCUCAAGGAAGACAUCAGGAGGGAACAGACAGGAUUCAGGGUCCAGCCGGACCAAAUGAAAAUCUUCUACAGCAAAGGAAAAGAGACAAACCCCCCACUGAGGGGAAAUAGGAAAGGGAUGUGGGGCAAAGAGAACUUUAGAAAGGCUAAGGACAGUGGGCACAGAGUUGGGAAUGCUUUGGCCCAAUCCCAGAGAGAAAGAAACGUGCAGAGUGGCCCAGAGCGGGGCAAAGUUGUGCCUUUGUGGCAUCCUGCACGUCUGCAGACACUCCCGGAGACUCUGACCAAAGAGAAGCAAGAGAUUCAAGAUCGCAAACAGGAAACUUCUCACCAGGUGCGACCAAAGCAGACAACAGCUCAGGGGUCACAGAAAACCCCAAUCCAAACUUGGAGAGUAACUCUAUUGGCCAACGUUUCUGUACACACAAGUUCUGUCCUUGUCAACCAGGACAAGGUCCUGAAAAGUCAUACUCUAAGCAGUGACACAUCAAAACAAGUGGUUGAACAGGAUCUGAACGUGACCAUCAGGCUUGAUAGUGACAGACCAAAGCAGCAAUCCCUGGUAAUGCCAAAUAAGAGGGCACUUCCUGCCAGUGGCCCUGUGCCAAAGCCAGGGGCAAAUUUAGCCUUAAAUAAAACUGAGGUGCAGAGCGAAGAACUAAAUGCAAACAAGCACAAAGUCAGUAAAGGUCUUCCCUUCUUCAAGUUCACUGCCAAUUCAAAUCGAUUAAAGAAGCAAUCUAUUAAUGAGACACAGUUGGGAGACCUGCCAAAGGGAGAUGGACGCAAAGUGUCUGCUGGGACGAAACUCAAUUUCUCUGAAACCCAUGUAGUGAUUAUAACAAAGGACGAGGAGCUAAAGACAGAUAUCAAAGAGGUCAACAAUUCUGAAACCAAAACUGUAUUUCCAAAAGUGCUGGGUGAAAGCCAAGAGAAGCAUGUUUCUAGGAAUAGAAGUGAGGCCUCUUUCUUCUCACUUGAGCUACAGAGAGCAGCGAUGUUGUCAACCAAUGAAUCCUUAGCAGAGAGACGAGUGCCAGUAAAAAGCAACUUAACUGGCAAGGCCCAGCCUGCAGAGAGGAAUCAAAGUCACGUAAAGGCGCAUUUACCUACAGACCACGGGAUGCAUCCUGUGUUAAAAAUUGACAUGACACUUUCUCCAAGGGACCCCAAAGCACCAGGCCAGUUUGGACGUCCUGUAGUUGUUCCCCGUGGAAAGGAGAAAGAGGCAGAGAGAAGAUGGAAAGAAGGUAACUUUAACGUCUACCUCAGCGAUUUGAUCCCAGUGGAUAGAGCCAUUGAGGACACAAGGCCUGCUGGGUGUGCAGAGCAGCUAGUUCACAAUAAUCUCCCAACCACCAGUGUGAUCAUGUGCUUCGUGGAUGAAGUGUGGUCCACCCUCCUGCGGUCUGUUCACAGUGUCCUCAACCGCUCCCCUCCACACCUCAUCAAGGAAAUUCUACUGGUGGAUGACUUCAGCACAAAAGAGUACCUAAAAGAUAAUUUGGAUAAAUACAUGUCUCAGUUCCCAAAAGUUCGAAUACUUCGCCUCAGAGAGAGACAUGGUUUAAUAAGAGCCAGACUGGCAGGAGCACAGAAUGCAACAGGUGAUGUGUUGACAUUCUUAGAUUCUCACGUGGAAUGCAAUGUUGGUUGGUUGGAACCUCUCCUGGAAAGAGUUUACUUAAGCAGAAAGAAAGUAGCCUGUCCAGUUAUUGAAGUCAUCAAUGAUAAGGACAUGAGUUACAUGACAGUGGACAACUUUCAAAGAGGCAUCUUUGUGUGGCCCAUGAACUUUGGAUGGAGAACAAUUCCUCCAGAUGUCGUUGCCAAAAAUGGAAUUAAAGAAACUGAUGUAAUAAGGUGCCCCGUUAUGGCAGGUGGAUUAUUUUCUAUAGAUAAACAAUACUUUUUUGAACUUGGAACAUAUGACCCUGGGCUUGAUGUGUGGGGUGGAGAGAAUAUGGAACUCUCAUUCAAGGUGUGGAUGUGUGGUGGUGAAAUUGAGAUUAUUCCCUGUUCCCGAGUGGGCCACAUAUUCAGAAAUGACAAUCCAUAUUCCUUCCCCAAAGACCGGAUGAAAACAGUGGAGCGGAAUUUGGUACGUGUGGCUGAGGUCUGGCUUGAUGACUACAAGGAGCUUUUCUAUGGCCACGGAGACCACCUCAUUGACCAAGGUUUAGAUGUUGGAAACCUCACCCAGCAAAGGGAGCUUCGAAAGAAACUGAAAUGCAAAAGCUUCAAAUGGUACUUGCAGAAUGUUUUUCCUGAUUUGAAAGCACCCAUUGUGAGAGCAAAUGGCGUGCUUAUUAAUGUGGCCUUGGGUAAAUGUGUUUCCAUCAAAAACACUACAGCUAUUCUGGAAGACUGUGUUGCCAAUAGCAAGUUCCAACAAUUUAAUUACACCUGGUUAAGACUUAUUAAACAUGGAGAAUGGUGUUUAAUGCCGAUUCCUGACAAAGGAGCCAUAAGAGUGCAAGCCUGUGAUAACAGAAACAAAGGGCUAAGGUGGCUGCAUAAAUCAACAUCAGUGUUUCGUCCAGAACUGGUGAAUCACAUUGUUUUUGAAAACUAUCAUCAGUUAUUAUGCUUAGAAGGAAAUUUUCCUCAGAAGACCUUGAAGGCAGCUCCUUGUGACCCAAUGAAGCCAAAUCAAAAGUGGAAAUUUGAAAACUACUAUGAAGAUUGA